GGGAGCCAGUGUAUUUUCCAAAAUCGAUCUCCGCUCUGGUUACCAUCAGCUAAAAAUCAGAGAGGCCGACGUGGCCAAGACCGCUUUCCGAACUAGAUACGGUCAUUAUGAGUUUGUUGUGAUGCCGUUUUGUUUAAGCAAUGCGCUAGCGGUAUUCAUGGAUCUCAUGAACCGUGUCUUCCAUCCAUUUUUGGACCAGUUUGUCAUCGUCUUCAUUGAUGACAUUUUGGUCUAUUCCAGUAGCCCGGAGCAGCAUGAGGAGCACUUGAGAACCGUUUUGGAGACUCUUCGGCGUGAGAAGUUAUACACCAAGUUCUCAAAGUGCGAAUUUUGGCUCAAUCGAGUGGCUUUCCUAGGCCAUAUCGUCACAUCUAGAGGAAUUGAGGUAGACCCAAGCAAGAUUGAAGCAGUUCGAAACUGGUCAAAACCAAGAAAUGCCACCGAGGUUCAGAGUUUUCUCGGUUUGGCAGGAUAUUAUAGACGUUUCAUCGAGGGGUUUUCGAAGAUUGCCCUACCCUU